UGAAGAUGCGAUGACAGUCCUUUCAACGUCUUGAAUUAGACGCGCCUAAGAACAAGCAUCACCUAUGCUCCUAGGAGAUGAAUUUUCUUGAGUUAAGAUGUCGAAGCAAUAUCUCUCUCAGCACACAAUAGAUGAUGCGCACACCACCGACGUCUUUUCCUUGGCCGUGACCACGUCUCAGAUCCUCAGCGGAUCGGGUGAGCCGUCAAUCAAAGUUCAUUCAACAGUGGAAGAGGACUUCCCCAUAGCCCAAGUCUUGAAAGAUGCUCACAGAGUCGGUUGCCACCAUAUUGUCACAAGCACGUCUGGCACGAGGGCCGUAAGCGUUGGCUUCGACGGGAAAGUCAAGGUAUGGAGGUAUGAAGAGGGCAUCUGGAAAGAAGAUGGCGAGAUCCCAAACGAAGGACCAAGAAAAGGUGGACACGUUUGGGCCGUGGCGUUGUCUAGCGAUGGGCAAUAUCUUGCCGGUACAACACAAGACGGACGUGCCAACGUGUGGGACUUGGACAAGGGCAAGGAGAAGAUCCGGGAAUUCGAGACCAAGGGCAGUUUCGGUCUCUCCGUUGAUAUGUCCCCCGAUGGACGAUUCAUAGCCAGCGGUCACGAGUCGGGCAACAUCUAUGUCUUCUCUACAGCUACAUCACGCCUGCUACAUUCACUUCCUGGGCUCAUCAAACCCGUCCGAUCGGUAAAGUUCUCUCCAGGCUCGACGCUUCUUGCCGCUGCCGGGGAUGGACGUGUCGUAUCUCUGUAUGAUCCCACCUCAGGUGAACAAGUCGCCAAUCUCAGCGGACAUGCGGCUUGGAUUACCAGUCUUGACUGGAGCCAUACUGGUCAAUACCUCCUUAGUGGAAGCCUGGAUGGAAAGGUCAAAGUCUGGGACAUCGAACGAAGAACAUGUGUAGCCACUCAUAGUGAGAGUGACAAAGGUCUAUGGUGUGUCAAGUGGUUGCCCAAGGACACAACCGCCAUAUCAACGCACAAAGCAGAACGUUUUGCCACGUCAGGAAGCAACAGGGCGAUUGCAAUCUACCGAGAAGCAACCGGAGGCUAAAUUCAAUCAUGGAAAUCCUACUCCGUACACUUAGCUCAUAUCCGGGACAGCACAAAGCCGCGUCCUCUCAAAGCGCACCGGGGAACUUUAUUGGAAGAUGAAUGGCCUAUCGUACUGCAAGUAUCAGGGCAAUGGCGUACAACGCUAUCUCGACCUUAUGAGGGAGCAGUAGCUUGAUUCAUGGUAUCAAGAUCAGUACAGCUGUUAGGACUACGACUAUGAUGAGACAGGAAGUUGGGGAUAUACGUAUGCCCACACUUUCAGCACUCUUUUCACAAGGUGUUUCACGGCCGUCCGAAUUGACUGGAACAUCAAGACUAGUAGCUGGAAUGUAUCUCCUCAGAGAGGACCCAUGCCCACAAAGCCUGUAAAAAGGCUAGAGAUAGGGUGAAACAAGAUAGAGAACGAAGGAUUCUCAAGACCUUCUUCUAAAUUUUCUUUCGGCAUAAUUUUGACAACAACCAUCACGGUGUAUAGAUGGAUGAAGCUUCGAAAGUGCCUGUGACAAGGUAAUGUGUUUACGAGUUAUAGCAUUGUUCGCUUUCGGCCGGAUGUCUGG